CCACCGUCGCGGAUCGCCAGACGGCGCUCGUCGACGGUGCGCGUGGGCUCAAGGUGCGCUCGAGUGUGCGUCGACUGUGUUCUGGCUGCCAGUCGGUCAGGCGCAAGGGCACCGUCUUCAUCCUGUGCUCGCUCAACCCCAAGCACAAGCAGCGCCAGGGCUGAAGCACCCUUCGAGCCUGUCUUUGUACCCCCCUCGUCGUUUGUUCGUGACCCACCCUCCCCUGUGUAACCUCGUUCGCUUGCCUCG